UCUCAACUCACAGGAAGAGCAGGAUACUGAUUAAAGAUGUCUGGCCGUGGGAAAAAAGCUGCACCCAAACCCAAAUCUUCAGUGACCCGGUCCUCCAGGGCUGAGAUCACAUUCAGGAAAGGCCGCUAUGCAGCGAGGGUUGGUAACUGCUCUGCAGUCUACCUGGCCGCUGUCCUGGAAUAUCUCUGCGCUGAAAUCCUGGAACUGGCUGGAAAUGCCAGCCGUGACAACAAGAAGAUGUGCAUCGCUCCUCGCCACUUCCUGCUGGCAGUGAAGAACGAUGAAGAGCUGAACAAACUGCUGGCAGGGGUCACGAUCUCAGAGGGCGGUGUCAUCCCAAACAUCCAGGCUGCCCUUCUCACCAAAAAGACCAAAGGGCCCAAGGAUGAUGUUCCAGCCAAAGAUGUUGAGUCUCAAGACUUUUAAAUGCUAAUCUACUAACUUUGCAAAUUUGAAUAAAGUGUUAUAUUU